UGGGUAAGGGUACCCGACGUGAUAAUAUCACCUCGAGAGUCUUGAAAGUGUAUGAAGACUGAGAGACUGUGGAGGGGCAGCACACCUGGGGCUGUGCUCACACGGCUGAUGCUCUUUCUGAGGAUCCUCAGUUUGGGGCUGAGUUCGUCCUGAAGCGGUUUAGUCGAUGGGCCACAGGCCUCAAUCUGACGCUUGUUUCCACCUCACCUCAACACCAACAGGCAUCAGGAAUUGCUUCGACAAUCAAUAAGAGGUUUCUCCUCGCAUCACCAUGAAAGCGCGAAGCUAUGGCUACCAUCAGGCUCGCCACGGCGGCAGCAAUCCGGAGCUUUCACAAUCUCACAGCUGCCCUUGAAAACCACCCCGCCGGCCUUGGACGACUUAUCGACAAGGGUGCUCUUGAGGAUGAAGUGGGACGCUUCCGUGUUUGGUCCGGAAAUCUUGGAGCUCUGCAGAAAGGGCACAGUUCAGCGGACUAUCGACUCCGUGAUAGUCCACUUCUGUCAAGCAAUGCUUUGAAGUUACUACAAGAGCUCAACGAGAAUUUAACAGAGUCCGCGGCCGUAAUAACAGGUGUCCGUCUGCCUUACGAGCAGCAGCAGAGAUCUUCAGAAUCUGAUCAAGAGGACAACGACAGUUUUUUCAGCGAGGACGAAGACAGCGAUGACAGCGAUGACGGAGCCCCAAAAACAGAACUCGAACAGCGUUUUCGCGAAAUCGUCGACAUCAUAGACAAUCUGUACAAGCUCUCUGUGCGAAUUCGCCUACCUACUAUUCGCACUAGGUCUCUCAGAGCCGCUGCCUAUCAGCCAAAAGACCCAGACACGGGCGUCGACAUCUUAGAGCAAUAUGCCGUAUUUGAUCUUCAACAUACCAAGGAGCUUGUUGCUCAGCUUCGAGCUCCGUAUAACAACAAGGCUGAAGAUAACGAUUUCCUUAUCGAGCGACUGAGCAAAGCCAUCACGCUCCGUAGACGGCAAUUCAAAUACUGGAGACGACAUAGAGACAAGCUUGGCCAAUCCAACCUGAUCGAUGAUGAACCUCUGGCCAUACCGGCAGUACCACAGCGACCAGUGGAGCUGCAUCGUCACGACACGCUUGAAGUUCAUCAUAGUGAACCUGUCACGAUACUGCCAAAAGUACCAGCAAGCGAGAAGACUGGGAAGACCUUGCUUUCAGGAACUGAAGCAACACAUCAUCAUCAGUCCCUCGACGACAUAGUGGAUUCAAAAAGCGUCACGAGUUACGCCACGACAGUGCGUGACCUUUCCGGCAAGGGGAUCGACCUGCCACCGCCUCCAAAAGCUGCCGAUGGCGAGAAGGAUUUCGAGUGCCCUUAUUGCUUUGUCAUUUGUCCAGCGCGAUACGGGAGAGGCCGUCCCUGGAGAACCCAUUUACUUCAAGACCUGCAGCCAUACAUAUGCACCUAUCCCGACUGUGAAAGCGGUGAUGUACUCUUCCGAAGCAGGCGGGAGUGGUCAGAACACGAGGCCUCUCACCGAAAGGCGUGGCGGUGUCCUGAACACCCUGCAGCAGUGUUCCGAUCUCGAACUGGAUUGGAAGAACAUCUGCGUUGUGAACAUUCUGAGAAUUUUUCACAACGCCAGCUGGAAAGCAUCGUGAAAGUUGGGGAAACCUCUACAGUUGACGUGCGCGAGAAGUGUCCCCUCUGCCUUGCUGACGCGCACAUGGAAGGGCUCGGGGAUCUUCAGAAUCAUAUUGCACAUCAUCUCGAGCGCCUCGCGUCAUUUGCUCUACCUAUUCUCGCUGGAGACGAUGAUGCCGAUGGCGGCAGUAGCACCGCAUCUCGAGGGCGCAGUGUGGUAACUGGCUCAUCGCAAGAGCUUACCGAUACAUCUUCCUUACAAUCCUCUCUACCCAUAGACAACCCCGAUGAAACAGAUGAGCUGCAGAACCAGAGCGCAUCCCACGUGGGAGGAUUGCUGUCUGCUGAAACACUCGGAAACCUGCCCGAUGCCAGUGAAAAGAGAAUGGACCUGUUGUUUCCAAGUACACUUCAUCAAGAUGAGAGCGAGCAAGGUGCUCUUGAAGAGACUGGUCAUGAAAUAGAUGAGUACUUGGCCGAGACCGAUGCGUUUAGGUCCUAUCUUCAAUCUCUGCCAGGGGCCGAAUCCGUGCGCUUUUAUCGUCGUUACGGACUAUGGGAAGGUCGCGUCACGUUUGACACCCAGUCAUCUGCGUUCGAUGCCCUGGCACGUUUCGAUAGGACCCGCUAUCCCAGAGUAGAGCUCAAACCUCCUACGGAAAAAUAUCUAACCUCUAUUCGAUUCAAAAUUCCGGCCGCGGAGAAGGCUGGAGUAUCCGGUAAACCGCACACGCCAGAAGAUGCAGCGUCGGACUCGUCAAUGCAUCUGGAUUAUGAAGAAGACAGGGAACCUCAUGACAAACGUCCGGUGUUGACCUGGUCCCACCUUCCGACUUUGCGCACGCUUUAUACCUCCGGCGUCCUGUUGCAAAGGGACCAAAGCUACGCUCCAAAUGUCGCUUACAAUGAGCUCAUCUCCCUUUGUCAAUAUGACAUAACCCGAUUGCAAGUGGAUUGCAUAGUAAAUUCUGCAAACCAGUUUAUGAAGGUGACGGGAACCGGUGAUAGCCUGAAUCAUUACCUUCACCUUGCGGCUGGGCCUUCACUUCUGCAAGAGUGUAAAAAGAUCGGGCGUGUUGCCCCGGGAGCUGUUCGACUCACCGGAGGUUACAAAUUGCCUUGUCGCUAUGUCAUCCAUGCGGCUAGACCAUCAUACGGAGGAGCCGUUGGAGGAACGGGAAAGCUUAACGUUCUCUCCGAAUGCUACCGUGGCGCUCUGCAACUUGCUAUGGAUAACGACAUUACUACGAUAGCCUUUCCAUGUAUUGGCUCCGGUGGAUGCGGCUUCCCUCCUCGUGUGGCUGCACGAAUCGCACUGCAGGAAGUCCGCGAGUUUUUAGACUCACACAAAAAUCAUAAGUUCCAGCGCAUUGUGUUUUGUGUCUUCAAUAACCAAGACGACAGUGCCUAUAAGGACUUCCUACCUGUAUACUUUCCACCAACACAUCGGGACCUGGAGAGUGCACAAUUGCUGAAUACGGACACUGAUCAUAGCGAUCUGGUCAACCAAAUACAGAGUGUUCUUAAUCAAGUGGAUGGAACUUUCGAGCAGAUACCGAACUUCGACAUCAGUGUACCAGAUUUUCCCUUGAGCAUCCCGGAUGACCUUACAAGCAUUGGGUCUGCUCUUCAGACCAUGAUGGCGGUAUUGAAGGAAGGCGGUUGGGAGGGAAAGCUGACAAAUUCGACCCGAGCCGACAUUGCCCUUUCCUGCUCAGCGCUGCAAAUCUUACUUGGGAGCCUCACUGAAAGCCUCCAAGCCCGAAACCAUACCGAGGUCAUCCGCGGCAACAAACCCGUCCCUUACGCCAACUUACAAACAGCUACGUAUAAAGAGGUCUGGGACGAUUUCAACUUCCACUUGCAAAGCAGCCACGGUACGACUCUGUCAGGGUUACUGCAGAUGUGCCGCACCUUUCUCUGGACUGUCAACUCCAUGCUUGCAGGGGAAGCUCAUGUGUCGGACCAACUAAAAAUUCAACGUUCGCGAUUGAACCGCUACGUUACUGUGAGCCGUGGCAACCAUGAAGAAGGCAGUCAAGGCUAUGUUGACGAAGUGAUGUACGCCCGCGAAUAUCAGAGACAGGGCAGUCGAGGCCGGAACGAUACCGUUAGAAUCCACGAGAUCCCUUCACUGCUGCAACUUUACCAGUCAAACGAGCUUGAGGCGAAGCCAACCAAUGCUAUACCAAGCGCCCGAGAGCUCUCGACGGUGUGUAUAUUCCGGGAAGACAUUACUCGCCUCGAGGUGGAUGUUCUCGUCAAUUCCACGGAUCCCAACUUCUUCGGUAUGGGAACACUUGAUCGAACUGUGUUCAGAAAGGGUGGUCCUUCAAUGAGCGAGGAUUGUAAGAACUUCGGGCCUUGCAAGGAGGGUGACGUGAAGAUCUCUCCUGGUUAUCUUCUGCCAGCCCGAUAUGUCAUCCAUGCCAUUCCUCCGGAAACUCAUGGCAAGCAUACCAAGAAUAUUCUACGGAAACUGUAUCGCGACAUUCUCUUCACUGCCAGCAAUACGCUGAAGGCCACGUCAAUAGCCAUUCCCUCCAUUGGAACAGGUGCUCUCGGGAACCCUGUCAGGGAUUGCGCCGCGCUCGCCCUGGAAGAAGUGAAAAGGUUCUUAGAAACAACGGAUGCCAGCAACACUAUCAGGAAGAUUGUCUUGUGUGUGUUCGGCUCGAACGAUGAAGCGAUCUAUAAGGGGUUGGCGCCAAUAUACUUCCCACCACUGACGAUGGACAUCGACAAGGCGCUACCACAGAAAGGAAGUGGUCCGGCUUCGCAAGAAGAUCAGCUGAGAUCGAGCUCCCCAGAGACCACAGAGACAUCGAUACCGAAGCGCACCUUGUUCGGUUCCAUUGGUGAAGCAUUCCGUAAUGUGCGAUUUGGAAAGCUGCCUGUCAAAACGGUGUCCAACCCCGUGUCCAUCAGCUCUCGAGCCCCAGUAUGGGGAGAAAGUCGUGCGAUGGACAGAUUCGAAGAUCAUGCUCGACGCUGCCCUACAUGCAACCUCGUGAGAUCUUAUGACAGUAUUAUAAGCCUCUGUGCAGAGGGACGUGCGGCGGCGGAAGGCGUAUUGACAAUCCUCUACAUGGAGAACGAAACGAUAUACGCAAAAGACUUUAGUAACACUGGGAAGCUAGUCAAGGUUGAGCUCCCAUCGAGGUAUAGGCGGACACGCGAACUUCUGGCCCUUGGGGAGAAACAGGACAAACAGUUCAUUGCAAGUCCAACCCAUUCCUUCACCGCUACGACUGAGAAUUCGGAAGAGAGCCCUCCGCCAGGAGUUACUGUCUAUACUGCGGAGGUAAAGGUUCCCUACGUUCGAAGCGAGGAAGAUGCCAUAGCCACGGUCCAUACAUGGUCACCCGAAACAAAAGAACUGAUGGCCUUGGCUAAGGAUGAAUGCAACGUUCGCAUUUCCCUGGGUAGAGUUGAGAUAUAUGAGAUGGAACCUGAGACGCACAAAUUGGCAUUGUUGCUGGCGCUGGAGCUGGGGCCGUCAACCGCAAUGAUCAAGUCGGGCAGCCUAGGUGUCGUGCUCAAGACCAAAGUUCUGCCAGAAUCAAAGAUCAUCACUGAAGACGACAUCGUUCUGGAAAGCCGCAACCCAAAGGAUUGCGAGUCGCUGUUCCAGCGCUUGAAGGCGGCGAGGAAGACAAAUAUGACGCUGGCAAACCAAGAGGAAAGCGCUAAGAACUCUGGGGUUUUCAAAUGUGGGGUCCCGAGAUGUUUACAGUCCGAAGUAGGCUUUACCACUCUUGAGUCCCUCAGAGAGCAUAAUAGGAGUGCCCAUUACGUUGAACCGUCGACAGACCGCUAUCAGUAUGCAUCCGGAGAUGGCAAGCAGAGAGAAGAGGUGUGGGAUCGUCUGGAUGAUUUUAGACAUCAUAUUGCCGAGAACAGUGGUGAAGAUGAACAGGAUCUAAUCCGAAGGUCAAAGCGCGACGCUCCUCCGCGGACUAUCCCUCCAGAUCCAUACACCGUCAAGCGAGAAAUCACGUCGAUUCACAGUUGGAAUUUUGUAAGCUUUGAAUGGGAAAGGCUCUUCCCUGGGCAUUGCACAGUACAGAUACAUCUUGAUAUACUCGAGAUUGUCGACUUAACAAAAGGGGACACCUUGAAGCUACGGUUAUCGACAGAAGAGACGGAAAUCCUGCGGGAACCGGGUGCCUUAGAUGUCACACUCACCGGCGUCGACCUUGAUACGGCGGAAACAAAGCAUAUCAGACUCGGAAAUUCAACGUCGGGGGCCUCAAAAGAACUCUACGGGUUCCUUCAUCAGGCGGUCCUUAUGAUCCAGGGGUCCAAAGCUGCGCCUCCGCGCUUCCCUGGAUUUUCGUCGGAAAAUCAAACUGGCGACCCGGCCAGAACGUGGCUUGUCAAGCGCGUGCGCAAAUGGAAUGAAGAGAAUGGCAGAUGGGCAGAUCUGUUCCCUAUCGUGCGCUUUGCCUGCAUUGCUACCAUAAAGGCGGACCAACUCGCGAUAGAUUGGGACAGGGUCAAGGAUGGCCCAGAACAGGACGCCAGCUGUCUAAGGUUCACGCUAUCAUCAGCGCAAACUGUGGUUGCUUCAAGUGCUGGCUUUCCGGACGUAUACCUCUAUCAUACCGAGCAGGACACGCUGAACAGAUACGUGCUCCAGUGUUACACUUCCAAGGACGCUGAGGAACUUUACGCAGUGAUGGGCCAAGCGCAGGCUGCUGCAUCGGACAUUGGCUCCCAGAAACCUCCUCCAGGUCAUCAGGUCGCCUCUGCUUCGUUGCCGGAGGAGGUAACGCUGGUGGAUCUGCCCUCGGUUCCAUCGCAUGAACCCGGACACUCAAAUGCAGACCCGACCACUCUGGCAUCCGAGUAUACAGGAGUGAGUGAUUCAACAUCUCAUGAAGGGGAACAUGCCAAAGAGGCCCCUUCGUCACCGGUCGAGAUCCUGGCUGAUGCAGUUCUCCUCCAACUCAAGUCUACCCCGACAAAUGCAUACGUACAGCUGGGUCUACAUGAAGACGAGCUCGCCGCCCACCUCGGCGUCAGUAUUAACAAAGUUCGAAGAGCUCUUCGGCAUCUGGAGGAACAAGGUAAAGCUUGGAAAGCCGCAGAUGGGUUAACAGAUGCGCACGAAAUGAUAUGGAGAGCGACCGUGCAGAACCCUCGUCAGCUCUCUCGGCGCUCUUCUAAGGUCGAACGCUCUUCUAUCCCUACUGACGACUCUUUCGCGCAUGGCGGCGAAGCUCAGACACAGGCACAACCUGCUGAGGAAAUGCCGGAUUCAAGUACAACCCCCGCAGACCAACAGCAUCGUUCUAACCAAGACGUGGAAACACCCCCACGGUUGGAAUCGCGGUCUCGCGGUGUUGUCGACGAGGCUAAGGCUCGGACACCAGAUCCAGGAACUCGACCCAGACGGAAGUCUUUAGAGAAGCAGCCAGAGGACCAGAAAGAGAUUCUGGAUCGGCUACAACAAUUUGCGGAUGAUACGACACGCUCGACAUCUGACAUUCCUGCGGCAACAGCGAGUGCGACUGCCUCACUGCCUGGGGAGCAGGCCGCGGAUCCCAAGGCGCCUAGUGAAAAAGUGUAUGCACCCUCAGGACAUGGGUCCGACCUCGGUGCCGAAGUUACAGGCCACACAACAGUGACCAACGAGAGCCAAGAUAUUUCGGUCCCGAUCUCUCCACCGCACACGACCAUGGCACAACCUACCGUAAACAAGCAAGCGCUUAGGGAAACAGGUGAGACAAUUGAAGAGUCGGAAGACGCCUUUGUGAGAUAUAAAGCCUUGCAUAGCGACGAACUCGAGCGGACGGACAAGCGGGCGAGGGAGCUUGAGAGGAGCUUGAGAGAGAAGAGAUUGAGAAGGGCGGCGAGAGAUCAAGAGGCGGGAAGUACCGUAAACGUUUUCGAUUUUUUGCCGGAGCAACAGGUCGACCAUGAAGGCAGGACAGCGUCAAUGGCGAAGGGGAAGCGAAAGAGAGAUGGAGAUGGAGAUGGAGAUGAGAGUCCGGAUCCGGUACCAAGGGAGUCCGAGACGGUUGGGGAUGAGAAGAAGAAAGAUGCGAAUCCAUCGACGGAAGGAGUUCACCGGGAGGAAAGUGAACAACCGGUAGAUCCAGCGGAAGCGAAGGAUAUCUGGUGGUCACGGUACGACUACUGACGGACUCGGCAUCGAAUGAGCGCGAUGGUGGUGAGAAUGAUGCCUCUAUAUCUCACGACUCUAUGUCUCGCGUAGAUUGGAAAUGUGUUUGCCCUUGAUUUGUGAAUCUUGAUUGGUGGGGUUCUAGAGUAGGCUUCUUGAACGGUACCUAUAGUUGGAUGAAAUGAUCAAAGAUAUUUUGAGCUCAUGAACCCCAUGCAAUUAUGUCUAAGACAUACAAUACACAAUACAUUUAU